UUCAGCUUUGAGGAGGUGCUGUUCGGCAAUGGCGAUCACAGAAGAACCCAUUAUCUCUAGACUUGAUCGGUUGGACACUAUGUUGAGGCAAUUAGAAGAAAUUAGAGGAUCCAAUACAUCUCCAAAGAGUUGGUCUGCGUCCACUACAUCAAGUGGGGCCCUGACCAGUGAAGGCCAUCCAUCGUCCGUCGAUUUCUCUCCAAAGAUCAUGGAGAAGCACUGCCGUCCGAUGGAUCGUGUCAUGAUGGAGAUUGGAAUUAAAGGUAGCCUGAUUGAAAGGGUUGAGGAAGUCGAAAACCGUGUCUUAAAGCUUUGUUCGCAGUUGGAGGAAGAAUUGGAAGAAGAGAAGAAGAGGGAAGAAGAGAGAAGUGAGAAAAAUCAGCACAAGAAAAAGCCAAUUAAACAGCUUGUUAAGCGCAUUGUGAAAGGGAAGAAGCACACUUGA